AGUAAGCUUCACACCACUGCCACGACCAGACGUGGCGUUAAAAAAAAACAAAAGAAAAAAAAGUAGUGUUCCUUAAAACAAAGUGUUCAAAAAAAAGUGUCGUGAAAAAAAUCAGUGUUUAUUUUUUUCGACAACGAGUUUGUAACGGUAAAUGAAAUGCUUUCGUUAUUUUUAUGAAGUAUCGUUUCGUUAUGCAAUAGCAUAGCGGCGGCUGUAUCGUUAUUUUGAAAUGUGAACUAAGUGAGUGUUAAAACAGUGUUUUGAGACAAAUGUUUUGUUAAAUUAAAAAACUAAACAGACCCAGUGACAUUUGAAGUGUGAAUUAGUUUUUUUUUUACUGUUUUUAUCUGGACUAGGCGAUAUUGGUGGAAGCGACAAAAUGAAGCGAUCGCGACACAGAUGGGUUGGACUUAGUUUAUUUUGUAUCUCCCUAACCCUUCUAGCAGUCGACUUGCCCACCACAUCAGCCGUAAAAGCCACUUCUCUGAUCUUCUCGAAGACCACCUCCACGACAGCAGCGCCAGAAGAAGUAGCCGAAGAUGGAGCUGAGCCCGAAACAACAGCUGAAGGUGGAGAGUCAACGAACUCGACGACCAACUCCAAGUUGACCGGGAUACCGCAAAUAGACUACAUUUACGACCCCAACCUGCCCCGGGAACUGAACGGGUAUAACUUGUCCGACUACCCGUUCUACGAAACUGUGCCGAAGCCCGAAACUAUUGACUUCAAAUGCGAUGGGCUACAUGAUGGGUUUUAUGCUUCUGUGCCACAUAAGUGUCAGGUGUACCAUCAUUGUCUGUUCGGGACCAGAUACGACUUCCUCUGUGCCAACUACACCGCCUUCGACCAGAAGACUUUCAUCUGUCAUUUCGUCUCCGAAGUAGACUGCAAGAACUCGCCGAAUUACUUCAGCAGGAACGACGCUCUGUACCAAGCGACGACGACCACCACGCCGGCGCCGCCACCACCACCGCCCACUACCACUACCACUACCACACAGAGGCCGCACCGCCCCGGCCGCAGGCGUCCCGCCUACCGAUACGAUUAUGAUGACGAUGACUACUACUAUGCCAGGGAUGAUUAUGAUUAUGAGGACAGGAGAAGACCUCGGCCCCGCAGACCAGGCAAGAAGAAGCGACCAGCAGUAGACGACUAUGAAGACGACAGAUACGAACGUCGCCCACGACCAAGGGACGAGGAUCCAGUUGACGACUACGAUGAUCGCAGACCUUACGACAGAAGACCAGCGAAAAGACCAGCAUACCCCGAAAGAAGACCGUAUGAUGACGAAGAAGACCGAAGGCCUGCUGCCAGAAGACCUAGGCCAAGGCCCAGGGAUGAAGACGAAGAUAGAUACAGACCUGAUGAUGAAGAAAGGCCCAGGGUUGGGGCUAGAGAUUCUCCUAGGGAAGAGAGGCCUAAAAGGCCGAGACCGAGAGAUGAAUACAGGCCCAGAGAUGAAGUCAGGCCCAGAGACGAGGUUGCAAGACCGAGAGAUGAAGCGAGAGUAGACGAUGAUGUGAGGCCAAGAGAUGAAAUUAGGCCUCGUGAUGAGGUGAGGGCAAGGGAACCGAUAAGGCCAAGAGAUGAGAUUCGGCCUAGAGAUGAAAUUAGACCUCGCGAUGAAAUUAGGCCCAGAGACGAAAUAAGGCCAAGGGAUGAGGUGAGACCACGAGACGAAAUUAGGCCUCGCGAUGAAGUAAGGCCUCGUGAUGAGAUCAGACCGAGGGACGAAAUUAGACCACGUGACGAAAUCCGACCAAGAGACGAAGUCGCCAGACCCGAAAGACGACCUUACAGAGAAGACGCAGAAAAACCUAGACCAUCGAGGCCAAGAGAAGACAGAUUCUCAGAAGGCAGAAGGUACAGAGGCGACACCCCUUACAAAUCUAGAGAAGACCGACCUUAUGGUAAAUCAGAUCUCAACCAAAGAGCGUAUGAUGACAGGACUCAAGAUGACAGAAGGGAUGCACCAACAGCUCCUGAAGCGCCAGCUACAGCCCCAGCUUUAGUCAAACCUAACGGCCAUGGUCUUUUCAGUCAGCCAAGAAUGCCACCAAAAAUCAAGAGACCAGUACCUAUAAAUGAAAGAGAAAAGUACGACUACGUGCCAGUUGCCACCACAAAAGCUCCUCCGAAGGUCGAUGACGAUGAAUACUAUGAUUACGAAGAAGACGACACGAGUAGACCGUCGUCUUCUGGAAAGACCAGCAUCGUACAACAAAGACCUAAAGUGGAACCAGUAGAAAAGGAACGGUUUAAGCCUACAAGACCUCAUUAUUCAACAAAAGGCCGAAAGACCAAAAGACCGAUAGACUAUGAAGAAGAAUAUGAUGAGCCGGUGAAAGCCCAGAAGUACACUGCUUACACUCCAAGGCCUAAAGAAGAGAGAGUGAAACCCAAACCAGCGCCAGCAGAUGAUGAGUACUAUGAUUAUGAAGAUGAAAAGAGAGAAAGAGAAAGAAUAAGACCAGGAGAAGACAUAACAAGUAAAAUAAAAGACUUGAGACCUAACGUGAAAGUAGUUAAGCGUCCUUUUUUACCCUCUAGGGGUGGAAGCCCGUACCUACCGCGCGGAUUGCAACCCGUCGCCGGCAGGGAUGUCACAGCACCACUAAACACCACCCCGAAACCCACCACCACUUCUCCUAAACCCACGACUACGACUACGCCCACUACCACUUCUCCUACCACUUCUACCACCACUACAACAACGACAACCACAGAAAAACCAACAACAACAGUUACUACAGAGAAACCAACAACAACUGUCACCACAGAAAGAACAACAACAGAAGAAUAUGAAGAAGAAUAUUAUGAUGAAGAAGAAGAAGAUUACGACAAGAACAAAGAAACUACAACAGUUGUUAUAACAACACCUAAAAUCACCACCACCACUGUAGCCGUACCCACACCAGACCCGCUAGACGCUGAGCAGAAAGCUAAAAACCUCGCCUCAAAAGUCCUGAAAGUAUACAAUGACAACUAUGAAGCUAUCAGAGGUAAGCUAGAAUCCACACUAGCUCCCGGAGACUACAUAAAACCCUACCUAGCCACAGCAACACCACCCGAAAACCCUUUCAAACCCAUACCGACCUACAAAAAAGAAAUAAAACCCAAACCUGACAUAUCCAAACCGUACACAGCAACAGGAAAACCGCUACUACCAGAAAACAUAUCCAUAAAACAGAACUUAGCCGACAGCAUAGAAAAUGAUUAUGAUGUCAGACUAAACGAGGCAUUAACACCGACUUUACCGGCUAACCGAAUACCGUCGGGUUUCGUGAUACCGUCAGAUAGAGACUACACGUUCUCUAGAUUCAGGAAUAACAUACAGCCGAUAGAUCCGCAAUAUGCUGCGUCAGAUGUCAGCAGUUUUCAAGUGAGGAAAAGACCGGUGUCUGGCGUUAGUAUUAGAACACCUUCCUCGUAUUACCUCCAGCCUCAGAGGCUGGUGUACCAAGAAGAUCCUGCUCACAGGUACCCUAGACAGUUGUAUUAUAGGCCUGUAGAUUUUUAUUAGACUAAAAUUUUGUUUUAUGAAAACUUGUAGGGUGUCUGGAGAGAGCGACAUUUUUUUUAUAUUAACAAAAAAAUUAAUACGUAUUUUUUUUUUGUCGAAAUUGUAUAUUUGUGAAGUAAAAGGUGUUUAAUUAUUGUUUUAUUUGACAGUUUGGUUGAAAUAAGUUUUGUGGUUUUAUCAUGUUUUAGUUUAUUUUUAUUUGCAAAUAAUUUGAUACAUUGUGAUAGAAAUUGCUCAAAGCUAGACUCUCUCUAAAAAACAGGCGCUUAGAGUGUAUGUAUGUAUAUUAGAAAUCUAUAUUUUUCUAUGCUUUUAUAUAUUAAGUAACAGACCAGAAGAUUUUCGGCUUACUCACGUAACAGUUUGACGAGGAACUCAACUAGUUUCAAGCCAUGCUAGAGGCUCAUAUUCAUGAGCAGCAUUUCGCGACACACGACGCGUCAUGUGUGUGACUUAAGUGAGUAAAUCUAAACAUUAUAAUUAAUUUAGUAUGUAUCAGAAAACUCUAUACUCAUUUUGUAUUUAAAUAAAAAAGGACAGCAAAUGAUCUCUAAUAAAAAAAAAAACAAAUAAUUUAACUAUAACUUCGAUCAAAUUGUAUAUAAUAUUGUAUGAUAUUAUACAACGCAAAAAACUACGUUAUGUAUGUAUAUUAUACAACAAAAAAAAAUGUUUGCAAAGAUUGGUAAAUUUAGUAGAUACCAAUAUUAUUUUCUUACCCUACAAGUUUUCGUAUAGAAAAGUACAUUAAAAUUUUAUAAGUCAAAA